CGGAGGGGUAGGCUGCGCGGGAGGCCGAGAGGGGGCAGCAGGAGAUGGCGGCGGCGGCGGCGGCGGGUCGGCUAGGCUGGUUGCUCGCCGCGCUCUGCCUGGGCAACGCCGCCGGGGAGGCGGCGUCGGGCCCGCGAGUGUUGGGCGUCUGUCUGGAGGAGGACCGAGCCGCGGACGCGGGGUGGGCGCGCGGAGGAGAGGUACGGGCCGCUCCGGAGGCCACCUUCCGCCUGCGCGUCUUCGGCUCGGGUUUGGCGAACAGCUCCUGGUCCUGGGUGGCCCCCGAGGGGGCGGUCUGCCCCGAGGUCCUCAGCCGCCUGGCGGUGCUGCUGACCCUGCCCGUGGCGCUGCCCGUGGGCCAGUUGCUGGAGCUGGCGGCGCGGCCCGGGAGGCUGCGCGAGCGCGUGCUGGAGCUGGCGCGCGGGGGCGGCGACCCCUACAGCGACCUCAGCAAAGGCGUGCUGCGGUGUCGGACCGUAGAGGACGUGCUCACGCCGCUCGAGGACUGCUUCAUGCUGGAUGCCAGCGCCGUGCUGGACUUCGGCGUCCUGGCCAGCAUCAUGCAGAGCGGCCACACGCGCAUCCCGGUGUACGAGGAGGAGCGCUCCAACAUUGUGGACAUGCUCUACCUCAAAGACUUGGCCUUCGUGGACCCCGAAGAUUGCACGCCGCUCAGCACCAUCACCCGCUUUUACAACCACCCACUCCACUUCGUCUUCAACGACACCAAGCUGGACGCUGUCCUAGAGGAGUUCAAACGAGGGAAGUCCCACCUGGCCAUCGUGCAGAGGGUGAACAACGAGGGUGAAGGGGACCCCUUCUACGAGGUGCUGGGCCUGGUCACCCUGGAGGACGUCAUUGAGGAGAUCAUCAAGUCUGAGAUCCUGGAUGAGUCUGAGGAUUACCGAGAUACCGCAGUGAGGAAGAAGCCUGCUGCUCUGAGCGCCCCUCUCAAGCGGAAAGAGGAAUUUUCCUUGUUCAAGGUGUCUGACGAUGAAUAUAAAGUGAAAAUCUCACCUCAGCUGCUCUUGGCCACCCAGCGCUUCCUGUCCCGAGAGGUGGAUGUAUUCAGCCCCCUGCGAAUCUCCGAGAAGGUCCUGCUGCACCUGCUGAAGCAUCCCAGCGUCAACCAGGAAGUGAGGUUUGACGAGAGCAACCGUCUGGCUGCACACCAUUACCUGUACCAGCGCAGCCAGCCGGUGGAUUAUUUCAUUCUCAUCCUGCAGGGCAGGGUUGAGGUGGAGAUCGGGAAAGAGGGCCUGAAGUUUGAGAAUGGGGCCUUCACCUACUAUGGAGUGUCUGCCCUGACAGCACCAUCCUCAGUUCACCAGUCCCCAGUGUCCUCGCUCCAGUCCAUCCGCCACGACCUGCAGCCUGAGCCAGCCGAUGGUGGCCGCUUGUCUGCAUACUGUCCUGACUACACCGUGAGGGCCCUCUCCGACCUACAGUUCAUUAAGGUCACGCGGCUGCAGUACCUCAAUGCACUCCUGGCUACUCGAGCCCAGAACCUGCCACAGUCCCCAGAGAACGCAGACCUCCAGGUCAUCCCAGGUAGCCAGACCAGGCUUCUUGGUGACAAGUCAGCCGCAGCAGCAGCAGGGUCCAACCACAGCAGAGCCGGCCUCCCAGCGGAGGACAGCCCUGGGCGGAACCCAGGGGUUUAACUGCUUGCCAGGCAGCCCCGGGUGUGGGCAAUGGACAAGCAUGUGGGGAACUGGAGAGCCGAGGAGUAGCUUCCCAUCAGCCUGUCCCCAUCCCCUCCAGGCCACGUUUUAGAUGGCCCUUAUAGAUGUUGGUCCUGGGCUGUCCUCAGAACCAGACCUCAGUGCCAGGAGCCUUCAGCAGGCCCUGCCCUCCUUUAGGAAAUGGGGGUCAGCUGGGGUACAGCCCUCCAGGCCUGCUUCUGAAGGGAAUGGAAAGAACACUGUCAUCUCCGGUCCCCAGGACCCAGCCUUCUGCCAGCCUGUGACAGUGCAGUGUAUUUAUACCUCUUUGGGCCAAGCCAUGAUGUGAGUGCACAAUUACUGCCUUUAUGUGGCCGUGACCUGUACUCGCUUUGCUUUUAAUUUGCCAACGUUCUGCUGCUGGCAGCACUUUUUGAGCAAACCAGGAGUACUAGUUUUGGCUGGGGGUUGACAUCCAUGACCUUGGCCAUGGUGAACUAUUUGGCUUCCCUUACAGUGCCAUGUUUCAAAGCACACGCCCCUGCCUGUUCCGUGUGCCAAACCUAGAAGAAGUAUGGUGACCCACAGUAUGUCCCACUGUCCUGCUCCCUCCUGUGGAGGUUGCUUCUCUGAGCCCUGAGCUCCGAGCCCUGAGCAAGCAAGGCUGGCCCCCAGUGGCACUGAGGAGUUCUGCUCUUUCUGCUUCUCAGCCUGUCUUGCUUAAUUGCCACUAACAGUAUUUUUCUGUGUUUUAAGAAGAGGUCACACAUGGGAGCAAGGGGUCUGCUGCACCUAGUCCUUAGUUGCUGGAUCCCAGGGAGAGCAACCAACUGUUAGACCUGUUUUGGAACCUUCUUCCUGGGCCUCUGUGGAGGCCUCUAAUUUGCAGGGAGAGCAGAGAGGCAGGUAAGGGUUGGUUAUAGACCAGGCAGAUCCUCAUCCCCUUUCUUUAAAAAAAAAAAAAAAAAAAGAACAUGACAUCAGG